AUGCGUUUCCCUAUUCUCUCAGCAGUUACUCUUGCGUCCGCAUUGUCCCCUGCUAUUGCACACCCGGAACUUGUCGAUCAUUCGAAAGUGCUCCAUCACGAGGCUCAUAAACUGAGCUCUCGCUCGACUGGCGCAUGUAAAGCUCAGAUUGAAGCUCGGCGACAGGCAACAUUCGCCAAACGUGAGGCAAAGGCUCGGACACGUCGCGAAGCUAGAGGUCUAGAAGGUAGCCAUGCCUUGUCAGACCAGUCAGUCUUUGGAACCAUCCCGAACACCACCUGCAUCCUGGCACCAGAAACCGUUUGGGGACCUUACGGUAUUGACAAUGAGAUUCAUCGCCAUGAUGUUCGAGAAGAUCAAUCAGGGGUCAACUUAUAUCUCGACAUUGGCGUCAUUGAUGUUGAAACCUGUGAGCCUUUGCCAGAUGCCUGGCUGACCAUUUGGGCUUGUAACGCCACAGGAAGUUACUCGGGCUUCACUGGCAUUGAUCCCGACACAAGUGAUCUCCUGAGCGGGUUCGAAAAACGCACCGAUGGGACCACUGAUGACAAGACGUUCUUGCGAGGAAUUUCAAGAACCGACUCGGAGGGCAAAGACACUAGCUACAACCAGGCUGGUGUUCAGCAUCUGGGCCAGCUCUUCUUCGAAGAAGAGCUCAUUAAUUCAGUCUAUCAGCUGCAGCCUUAUAAAGACCACCUUUCCACUCUGAACAGGACAACCAAUGCAGCGGAUUCGCUUUAUUCCACGGCAAACUCGGAUGGUUAUUCAGCGGUAGUUUCCACCGCCUUACUGGGACGUGUGAUUGCGGACGGUCUGGUCGGGUCCAUUACUAUUGGUGUAAAUAGGUCAGCGACCCCGGCAGAAACCACUGGUGGGAGUGUAAAUGUUGUCGGGUAUCUUCCUACUGCAUCCCCAACGGCUGGAGCCCAAUCAGCGGCGUACGCUAUCGAUGCCGAAGAAGGAUUUUUUGAAAAGAGAAGGAAAAUCUGA